AUGAGGGCGCUGUUCAUCUGUGUGGCGAGCUGCCUUCUGGUAGUGAAUGAUGGCAACAUCAUCAAUCGCUGUACCUUGGCCAAGAUUCUGUACGAGGAGGACUUGGAUGGGUUUGAGGGCUACUCCCUGCCUGACUGGCUGUGCUUGGCUUUUGUGGAAAGCCAGUUCAACAUCUCCAAGGUGAACGAGAACGCGGAUGGGAGCUUCGACUACGGCCUCUUCCAGAUCAACAGCCGCUACUGGUGCAACGACUUCCAGAGCCAUUCAGAGAACUUCUGCCACACCAACUGUCAAGAACUACUGAAUCCCAACCUCAUUUCAUCCAUCCACUGUGCAAAAAGGAUUGUGUCUGGAUCCGGAGGGAUGAAGAACUGGGUAGCUUGGAGGUUGCACUGUUUAGGACGGCCACUCUCCUACUGGAUGACCGGAUGCCGUCUGGAAUGAAGCAGGGUGCAGACCUACUGGGGAGUCACUCCAGGACCCCUGUGCUCCUUGGAUAUUCUUCACUAUUUUAUCGUCUUGCCUUCACCUGUUACUUUCUUCUCUUCCCACUCGCAAGUAAAACUGACCAGAGUCCCGGGGGGGGAAACGUCGCCUUACCGCGGUGGCUCCCUGCUUGCGUUCAUCCAG